AUGCUGAUCAUCAGCUUCGGCCUGUGGGGUGUCGGCGACAUGCUGAAGGCGGUCGGACGCAGUUCCGAAGUGGCGCAUGUCGGCGGCACCAAACUGCCGAUCUAUGGCUGGGUUGGCGGUGCGCCGGUCUAUGCGACCGAGGUGCGCGAGCAGUUCAACCGCCAGCUCGAAGCGAUCCAGCGCCAGACCGGCCAGCGCCCCGAGCAGGAGCAGGCGCUGCGCUACGGCCUCCACGUGCGGGCCCUCGAGGAAGUGAUCCAGCGCGCCGUCCUCGACUAUGCGGUCCGCGAGUUCGGACUGAUCGUGAGCGACGAGGAAGUCCGCGCCGCGAUCGCCCGCAACCCGGCUUUCCAGGGCACCGGCGGCUCGUUCGAUCCCCUGCUCUACCGCAACCGCCUGCAGCAGGCCCGCAUCAGCGAGCAGCAGUUCGUCGUCGACAUGCGUCGCGAGAUCGCGGCCAGCCAGCUGUUCGGCGCCGUGCGCGCCGACGGGCUCGCGCCCGUGUCGCUGCGCGACCAGAUCUUCAAGCUGGAGAGCGAGAAGCGCACCGCCGAGACGAUCUACAUUCCCGACGCGAUCGUGGUCGACGUCCCGAAGCCCACCCCGGAACAGCUCAACACCUAUUUCGAGGCCAACAAGGCCAAGUUCCAGAUCCCCGAGUUCCGGGCGUUCUCCUACGUCAUGAUCACGGUCGACGACGUGCAGAACCAGGUGGCCGUCACCUCCGACGCCGUGCGCCAGGAAUACGAGGCCCGCGCCGCCGAGUUCGGCACGCCCGAGAAGCGCGACGUCGACCAGGCGAUGACCGACACCGAGGACAAGGCCAAGGCGAUCAUCGCCGCCGCCAAGGGGGGUAAGUCGCUCGAGGACGCCGCCAAGGAAGUGACCGGCAAUGCCGACGGCGUCAUCAAGCUCGGCUCGGUGACCAAGAAGGACCUCCCGCCCGGCCCGCUGGCCGACGGCAUCUUCGGCCUGCCGGAAGGCAUCGCCGCCGCGCCGAUCCAGUCGCCGCUUGGCUGGCACAUCGUGCGCAUCAACAAGAUCGAGGCCGGCAAGGCCGUGCCCUUCGAGGAGGUCAAGGAGAAGCUCGAGAAGGACCUGAAGGCGCAGCAGGCACCCGACCUGCUGAUCAAGCUGGUCACCGACUUCGAG